CCUCUUCCUAAACCACCUUUACUGCCCAUCAAGACCACACAUAUUCUACCCAUUAACUAUCAUAUAAUAAAGAACCUUACAUCAUUAGAGCCCUGCUAUAUAUCUCUUGUUAGCGUCUAAAAUGAAUUUUAAAUCAAGUAUGAUAAGAUGCAGCCGACAUUUGACAAGUCGGAACUAUAUGGCUCGCCGUGGCUGGCAACGCCCAUCUCAGCUGCGAUUUCGAACGCUGGCGACAGCAACUACUAAACCUCGUGCCCAAUUCACAAGUGACUGUGUCAAGUUUGAAUGGCCUGAAUCUAAUGAUAAAGUACAGCGGACUAACCUCCCCAACUUGUGGUUACGUGACAAUUGCCGAUGCAACAGCUGCGUCAACCAGGAUACCAUGCAGAGGAAUUUCAAUACUUUCGACGACAUCCCCAUUGACGUACAGCCAUCCCGUAUUACGGAAAUCCAAACCGGACUUGAAAUAGAGUGGUCGAGAGACCAUCAUAAAAGCUUUUACCCAUGGGACUUUCUUGAAUUCUACCUCUACAAUUCGGAGCGAGAUGAAGAGCCUAUCGAGAUCGAGUAUUUCGGGGCACAAGGACCGCAGGAUACACAAUCAGAUUGGCCACCGUCUUUAAAAUACGACGACUUCUCUACCGACGAAACCAAAUCAGUCGGACGUUUGACAGAUUUAAUCAGACGCAGGGGUUUCGCAUUUGUUACUGAAGUGCCAUUCGACACCGCUGAGCCAACUCAGAAACUUCUAGAGAAGAUCGCUUUCAUCAGACAGACACAUUACGGUGGCUUUUAUGAUUUCAUUCCAGAUCUUUCCCUCGCCGACACCGCCUAUACAAACCUAGCCCUCGGCGCUCACACCGAUACCACUUAUUUUACUGACCCUGCGGGACUACAAGCGUUCCAUCUGCUUUCCCAUCAUGAUCCUACCUCCAAGAACAAUCCAGAAAAAAGCCUUGGUGGGAAGUCCUUACUGGUCGAUGGAUUCCAUGCCGCGAAGAUCCUAAAGGAAGAGGACUCGAAGUCAUUUGCCAUAUUGACCGAAACCAACUUACCUUGGCAUGCUAGUGGCAACAAAGGCAUCACGAUAUCGCCAGACAAACCGUACCCAGUCCUGGAACUAAAACCAGGCACUGAUAAGAUGCACCGAGUAAGGUGGAACAACGACGAUCGUGGAGUUCUUCCCCUUGGUAAGACGAGUCUAACGCAAUGGUAUGAUGCAGCAAGGCAAUGGCACAGAAUAUUGAAAAGAGAGUCCCUCGAGUAUUGGUUCCAGCUCGAGCCGGGUAAAGUCUUGAUAUUUGACAAUUGGCGUGUAUUGCACGGCAGAAGCGCAUUUACUGGUGUGCGAAGAAUAUGCGGUGGAUAUAUCAAUCGGGAUGAUUUUAUCUCGAGAUGGAGAAAUACCAAUUACCCACGGGACGAGAUCCUAAAUCGAGUUAUAGGCUAACUAACAUCUCGGCCGCUACCGGCCUUGAUCGGCAUUACAUGUUCGGGUAUAAAUAUCCCUUGGCUGACAAGUUCGGUGUUUUGGGGAUAAUAAGAGUCCACCCAUCCAAUACAGGCCAACUUAGUAUCUUGACGGCUUUGGUUCAUCAUAGUUGACAAUUUAUCAACUUGAAAAUGUUGUACUACCAUAUGGAUUUUUCUUAUUCGCACGGUGACAAUAUUCUUCCGUUAUAUCUCCAACGGCGAGAAUCAAAUGGCAAUCGCCUCACUUUCCUUCUCUCUGCCUGAUGUCGUCGGCAGAAUCUUCUAGUGAUACUAAAUACUACACAAGAGAUGAAACCCAACAUACGCGCUUAUCUACCCUACUACUACCACUACUGCUACUGCCCCUCAAGGUGUUACCAUGUGUACAUGUAACUCAGCUUCAUUCAGGAUCUUGCAUU